AUGUCAUCAUGUAGCCAACCACAAAGUCAACUGAGCAUCCACACUCAACAAGAGAUUCUUACAAACAGUUUCAUAGUCCUCAAUGAGGAAUGGAUUUCCACCAACAUGACAAUGUGGUUACCAAUUUUUGACAUCCUUGUUGAAGUUUUCCUUCCUGCUUUUGAUGAAACUACUCUCUCUCAGUUACCACUUGAUAUUUCAUGUGGAGAAUACCAAGCAAUAAUAAAGACUCUGAGUGAUGUACACAGCCAAAUUUCUGAAGGCCUGACCAAAUCAGUCAACUCUUACAGCAUAUCCUACCUUAACGCACAGCAAAAAUCCACAGGUUCUGCCUGCCUUUCCGGCAUAAAAGAUAGUACAGAGUGGAUUUCAAAGAAUUUUGGGGCAUUUUCCUCAAGCGCAAACGUGUCUGAUUUCAGAGCUUUAUAUCCAGGGUUUGAUGCAGGUGUCCUUCCUGUUGUCCUGACACCAAAUAACAUGGCCGAACUUUUGAUCAAAGCAGACGUUCUCUCUAAUGAAACUCUGAUGAUAUCCAUCUUGAGCCACAUAGACACAGAAAAUGUAACCGACUAUGUGACCAGAAUUUCAACAGCAGCACAAAAGGUUCAGUAUUUCAAAGCUUGCCUAUGCCCUGUACAGCAAUGUGAAAAUGUGUCAGAUUUGCAGUUAGCCAUGGUAAAACAGACUCUGUUGGCCGUUGUACUGGACAAAAUCAGUUCCAAAUUCUCAUCUUAUGAAACACAAGAUUGGAAGAUAUUGCUCCAGGAUGACUUGAAUCUCUUACUUCCCAGCUUCAAUAAAACUCUUCUGCUGCUUCUGCCCACCAGCCUCUCCUGCUCUUCCUACCAGGAAAUAGUAAAGGCCUUUAGCAACGUUUAUACAUCUCUACUGGAAGAGACCAAAAUUGAUUUCUACAAAGAUUUUAUCAAGCCAUACAUGGUCCAGCAGUCCUCUCUUACAGGAGUAGCUUGUGACGCCUUGGAAUUCAAAAGUUGGGUUAACAUGAACAUUGGCAACUUCAUCCAGCAAUCUCCAUCAGAAGACAUUGUUAUGUUCAACAAAAAUCUAACAAAGGUGGAAAACCCAGCUGAACUCACAGUUACAGAACUGGCCACAUUUACGUUCACUGUGGAUUCGCUGAACAACCAAACCUUAGCCACAAUCCUAUUAAGUAGAAUCAAAGAAUUUAAGAGCUAUGGAGAAAUCCUGGGCUAUUUAACAACAAUACAAAGUUCUGUUUGCCAGUCGAAUGACCCAGCAUCCACCAUGUCAUCAUGUAGCCAACCACAAAGUCAACUGAGCAUCCACACUCAACAGGAGAUUCUUACAAACUGUUUCUUAGUCCUCAAUGAGGAAUGGAUUUCCACCAACAUGACAAUGUGGUUAAACAUUUUUGACAUCCUUGUUGAAGUUUUCCUUCCUGCUUUUGAUGAAACUACUCUCUCUCAGUUACCACUUGAUAUUUCAUGUGGAGAAUACCAAGCAAUAAUAAAGACUCUGAGUGAUGUACACAGCCAAAUUUCUGAAGGCCUGACCAAAUCAGUCAACUCUUACUGCAUAUCCUACCUGACCGCACAGCAAAAAUCCACAGGUUCUGCCUGCCUUUCCGGCAUAAAGGAUAGUACAGAGUGGAUUUCAAAGAAUUUUGGGGCAUUUUCCUCAAGCGCAAACGUGUCUGAUUUCAGAGCUUUAUAUCCAGGGUUUGAUGCAGGUGUCCUUCCUGUUGUCCUGACACCAAAUAACAUGGCUGAACUUUUGAUCAAAGCAGACGUUCUCUCUAAUGAAACUCUGAUGAUAUCCAUCUUGAGCCGCAUAGACACAGAAAAUGUAACCGACUAUGUGACCAGCAUUUCAACAGCAGCACAAAAGGAAAAUGUGUCAGAUUUGCAGUUAGCCAUGGUAAAACAGACUCUGUUGGCCGUUGUACUUGACAAAAUCAGUUCCAAAUUCUCAUCUUAUGAAACACAAGAUUGGAAGAUAUUGCUCCAAGAUGACUUGAAUCUCUUACUUCCCAGCUUCAAUAAAACUCUUCUGCUGCUUCUGCCCACCAGCCUCUCCUGCUCUUCCUACCAGGAAAUAGUAAAGGCCUUUAGCAAAGUUUAUACAUCUCUACUGGAAGAGACCAAAAAUGAUUUCUACAAAGAUUUUAUCAAGCCAUACAUGGUCCAGCAGUCCUCUCUUACAGGAGUAGCUUGUGACACCUUGGAUUUCAAAAGUUGGGUUAACAUGAACAUUGGCAACUUCAUCCAGCAAUCUCCAUCAGAAGACAUUGUUAUGUUCAACAAAAAUCUAACAAAGGUGGAAAACCCAGCUGAACUCACAGUUACAGAACUGGCCACAUUUACUUUCACUGUGGAUUCGCUAAACAACCAAACCUUAGCCACAAUCCUAUUAAGUAGAAUCAAAGAAUUUAAGAGCUAUGGAGAAAUCCUGGGCUAUUUAACAACAAUACAAAAUUCUAUUUGCCAGUCGAAUGACCCAGCAUCCACCAUGUCAUCAUGUAGCCAACCACAAAGUCAACUGAGCAUCCACACUCAACAAGAGAUUCUUACAAACUGUUUCAUAGUCCUCAAUGAGGAAUGGAUUUCCACCAACAUGACAAUGUGGUUACAAAUUUUUGACAUCCUUGUUGAAGUUUUCCUUCCUGCUUUUGAUGAAACUACUCUCUCUCAGUUACCACUUGAUAUUUCAUGUGGAGAAUACCAAGCAAUAAUAAAGACUCUGAGUGAUGUACACAGCCAAAUUUCUGAAGGCCUGACCAAAUCAGUCAACUCUUACAGCAUAUCCUACCUUACCGCACAGCAAAAAUCCACAGGUUCUGCCUGCCUUUCCGGCAUAAAGGAUAGUACAGAGUGGAUUUCAAAGAAUUUUGGGGCAUUUUCCUCAAGCGCAAACGUGUCUGAUUUCAGAGCUUUAUAUCCAGGGUUUGAUGCAGGUGUCCUUCCUGUUGUCCUGACACCAAAUAACAUGGCCGAACUUUUGAUCAAAGCAGACGUUCUCUCUAAUGAAACUCUGAUGAUAUCCAUCUUGAGCCACAUAGACACAGAAAAUGUAACCGACUAUGUGACCAGCUUUUUAACAGCAGCACAAAAGGAAAAUGUGUCAGAUUUGCAGUUAGCCAUGGUAAAACAGACUCUGUUGGCCGUUGUACUUGACAAAAUCAGUUCCAAAUUCUCAUCUUAUGAAACACAAGAUUGGAAGAUAUUGCUCCAGGAUGAUUUGAAUCUUUUGCUUCCCAGCUUUAAUAAAACUCUUCUGCUGCUUCUGCCCACCAGCCUCUCCUGCUCUUCCUACCAGGAAAUAGUAAAGGCCUUUAGCAAUGUUUAUACAUCUCUACUGGAAGAGACCAAAAAUGAUUUCUACAAAGAUUUUAUCAAGCCAUACAUGGUCCAGCAGUCCUCUCUUACAGGAGUAGCUUGUGACGCCUUGGAUUUCAAAAGUUGGGUUAACAUGAACAUUGGCAACUUCAUCCAGCAAUCUCCAUCAGAAGACAUUGUUAUGUUCAACAAAAAUCUAACAAAGGUGGAAAACCCAGCUGAACUCACAGUUACAGAACUGGCCACAUUUACUUUCACUGUGGAUUCGCUGAACAACCAAACCUUAGCCACAAUCCUAUUAAGUAGAAUCAAAGAAUUUAAGAGCUAUGGAGAAAUCCUGGGCUAUUUAACAACAAUACAAAAUUCUGUUUGCCAGUCGAAUGACCCAGCAUCCACCAUGUCAUCAUGUAGCCAACCACAAAGUCAACUGAGCAUCCACACUCAACAAGAGAUUCUUACAAACUGUUUCAUAGUCCUCAAUGAGGAAUGGAUUUCCACCAACAUGACAAUGUGGUUACCAAUUUUUGACAUCCUUGUUGAAGUUUUCCUUCCUGCUUUUGAUGAAACUACUCUCUCUCAGUUACCACUUGAUAUUUCAUGUCAAGAAUACCAAGCAAUAAUAAAGACUCUGAGUGAUGUACACAGCCAAAUUUCUGAAGGCCUGACCAAAUCAGUCAACUCUUACAGCAUAUCCUACCUUACCGCACAGCAAAAAUCCACAGGUUCUGCCUGCCUUUCCGGCAUAAAAGGAUAG